GGAAAGUCAGAAUUUAACCCCGGUCUCCUGGUUUCCAGUCUAUGCUCCGCACUCUAUCCUACCACCAUCCUCAGGUACACGUCGAUGAAUCUGGCCUUCGGUCUUCACCUUUCUCGUGAACUUUCGUGUAUGUUCACUUUCAUCUCGCAGGAGUAUCCUGUUUCUACCAUGUGGACAUAUGGCAGUAAGGGGACGUCUUUCUUUGUCCUUUCCUUAGGUGGCCCCAGGAGCCGGACCAUGGACCCGAUUCACAUCAGCAUGGCCAGCGCGCCCCUGGUGAAGCACACUGCUGGUGCUGGCCUCAAGGCCAGCAGACCCCGAGUCAUGUCCAAGAGCGGGCACAGCAACGUGAGAAUUGACAAAGUGGACGGCAUAUACUUGCUCUACCUCCAAGACUUGUGGACCACCGUCAUCGACAUGAAGUGGAGAUACAAGCUCACCCUGUUUGCUGCCACGUUCGUGAUGACCUGGUUUCUGUUCGGGGUGAUCUACUACGCCAUUGCCUUUAUCCACGGGGACCUGGAGCCCAAUGAGCCCCCUUCCAAUCACACCCCAUGCAUCAUGAGAGUGGACUCCCUCACCGGGGCAUUUCUGUUUUCCCUGGAAUCCCAGACGACCAUCGGCUACGGAGUCCGUUCUAUCACCGAGGAAUGCCCUCACGCCAUCUUCCUCUUGGUGGCCCAGCUGGUCAUUACCACCUUGAUUGAGAUCUUCAUCACGGGCACCUUCCUGGCCAAAAUCGCCAGACCCAAAAAGCGGGCGGAGACCAUCAAGUUCAGCCACUGCGCCGUCAUCACCAAGCAGAAUGGGAAGCUGUGCUUGGUGAUCCAGGUGGCCAACAUGAGGAAGAGUCUCCUGAUCCAGUGCCAGCUCUCGGGGAAGCUCCUGCAGACCCACGUCACCAAGGAGGGCGAGCAGAUCCUCCUGAACCAGGCCACCGUCAAGUUCCACGUGGACUCCUCUUCCGAGAGCCCCUUCCUCAUCCUGCCCAUGACGUUCUACCACGUGCUGGAUGAGACAAGCCCCCUGCGGGAUCUCACCCCCCAGAACCUGAAGGAGAAGGAGUUUGAGCUGGUGGUCCUCCUCAACGCCACCGUAGAGUCCACCAGUGCUGUCUGCCAGAGCCGCACAUCUUACAUCCCGGAGGAGAUCUACUGGGGCUUCGAGUUUGUGCCUGUUGUUUCUCUCUCGAAAACCGGCAAGUACGUGGCUGACUUCAGUCAGUUUGAACAGAUCCGGAAGAGCCCGGAUUGUACCUUUUACUGCGCGGAUGCUGAGAAGCAGAAACUCGAAGAGAAGUACAGACAGGAGGAUCAGAGGGAAAGAGAGCUGAGAACGCUUUUGCUACAGCAGAGCAAUGUCUGACGGCAGUGGUGCUGCCUCGGCUUAUCUCCGAGCGACUUCGCAUCUGAGCUACCUUCCAAUGCAGAGAUCACCAGGAAACUGAAAAUGUGUGGACAUGCCCUGAAACACUGCGCAGACUUACAGACCUGUUCCUCUGAUCUGAUGGCUUUAAACAACCUUUGCCACAUCUGAGAGGGUUCCUUUCUUCAAUGCUCUGUCUGAAGCGAACUCCCCAAAUUCUAAUUUUCCAAAAGGGGGCUGCAUUUCAAAAAAGCUGGUGGAGGGCUAUGGGAGCAAUGUCCUACUGAGUGGACAGACAUUUCAGGAUGCUGAUACUGAAAGGAAAUGCACUUCUUAUACAAGGACGUCAGCUAUAAUAUAAGGUAUUUAUUCAGUCCAAGUAUGAAAGACGUCACAACCGAGAGCUGAAAUGUGGUUCGGUAUCCACUUACAUCGUUGCUUUAAAACACACUCAUUUUUUCAAGCAGAGAAAACAGUAUUUAUAAUGGAGGCUAUCUGGUCAUACAUAAACUGGGGCAAAGGGACUCUGUAUUCACAAAGUAUAAUAAUUCCGUUUUUACCUUUUUCAGUGCAUGUUGAUGUACAGAGUGAAAUUGAUCAAAUUAGGAAUGAACUGUUGUAAAAACAUGCAAAUGGAGAUGAUGUAAUUGUUCACAUUAAAUUUUUUGUUGAAAUGUACUAGCCCCUUUCUGUCUAAACUGACGUUCACAGGUCAGUAGCACCCAUCAGCGUCAUCAGGAGCUUUAUUAGUAACUUAGCCCCAUAUGGGCUUAAUCUGUCAUAGUCUGUAUCUUAACAGGGUCGCCAAGUGAUUCAUGCAAAAAUGAAAGUUUGCAAAGCUUCACUCCCAACAGAGUUUCCGAAGUUAACUUUCUGAAGCCAGGGGACUCUGCUCAUCCCUCAUCCCCUGUUCUUUAUUGUGGACCAGUAUUCCUUUCAGGGGUUUCCUUCCUUAUCUAUUAAAAUACCUUAUCCACAGAGGAACUGCCGUGGACAUUUCAAGAGCAAAAUAACACUCUUGAUAGUAAUGGUUGUCUGUCUCAAGUCAAGUACAUGCUUGCUGAUUACAAUCAGCACAAGAGAAAAUUUCAGCCGCAUAACAAUCGAAAAUUUGCUCCUACGUUGAAGUCCAGGAGAUUGGCUGGGGCCGUGAAGAACAGGAAGAGCCAAGGCGAAGGAGUUCAAAUGCAGAUGACUCCCUGAAGCAUGAACAAAGCUUGAUACCCUGAUAGCAUGUAAAGUGUGCCCUCAGUAUUGAAAUAAAUCUCAUACAACUCAGUGUUCCAGAGUAACGUUUGGAUUUUGGCAGGAUUUAGAGCAUUCUUUGGGGGCGGAGAAUCAAUGCGCCAAGAUUGGCUAAAUGUACAAAAGGUGAACUCUCAUAUCAUUCAGAGCAGGACAGAUUUGAACAUUCAUUGUUCAAAUGAAGAAUGGAUGUGCACGUGACCCCAUGUGUAUGCAUACUCUGACCUGCACACACAUAGACCUGAACACACACACACACACAGGCAUGCUUCUCCUGGCUCUUCCAUCAUGGUUGUGGAAAUUAUCCACAAAGACAUUUGUGAUGAAGACAGCAAAUCUUCGACAAAUGUGCUCAUGUUUAUUUUGUUCUUUAAGAAUGGGAGUGCUGGGACUCAGAGCAAACAAGGCCUGUGAUCUGGAUUCAGGCUAUCUGUGAAAUGGUGUCAUAUCAUGUUACCAUAAUCCCAAGUCUCCUUCCAUUAAACAGAAAAUGUGUCUGAAACCUCUGACCCGGAACUGAACAUUUAACACAGGUAUAAAAACAAUGGAGUUGAAGUUGUGAAAGUUUAAGAAACAAUCCUAAUGCACAAGAAGUUAUUGUCUUCAGUUAUUCAGGAAGUUUUUUUGUUUGUUUGUUUCUGUUGAUCACUUUAUGGCAGUUUGUUUUAGAUCUUCAUUCUCUUUUAAAAAAUCACAUUAGUGUAGUUAGAUAUUAGCCUUUUCAAUUAUUAAACUUUUUAAUUGUAUAAUGUAGUGAAAUCACAGGAAGAUAAUGCCUCGACAUGUUUACAAAUUUUUGCUUGUACCAUAAAGUUUUUUCACAGAUUUACAUCAGUGCUAAUUUAAAUGUGAUCAAGAUUGGGAAUCUUACAUACUUAUAUUGUAUAUGGUACAAUGAUAUAGCAUAAGAUUGAAAAGUCUUUCUUUAUGUUCAUUUUGCAUAUCUAUUUUGGCCAAAUUUGGAAGACUUGAUCAUCUGAUCUAUUGCAAUACACACAAAAUAAAUAUGUAGUUUCUCAAAACCCAGUAUUUGUACCAGUCAAUAAAUCAUGUUAUAACAAACUAUUCAAUAAAUAGCACUAAAGUUGUGUCUGA